AUGUUUGUCGGCGGCCCAGAGGACAUUCCAAUUGAGGGGGAUGAGUUCGAAAAAUCCAAGCCGAGAGUACUUUCCAUCGCGGGAUACAGCUUGCUUUCCCUGAUUGCCCAUUUUUUCGUUCAAGAUGUAGGAGGAGCCUUGGCCAUGGCAAUUCUCGGCGGCUUGCUGUAUUAUUACUGUAGGAAGCCAACUCAUCUUAGCAUCACGCUGGCAUUAGGCAUGAGCCUGGCAAUACUAUUCAUGAGCGGCUUUAUCUGGUUCAGUAUCUUGUUGUCCACGCAUCUACAAGUGUGGCUAGCAGACACCGUUACAAAACUAGAGCUCAUUGUGUAUGUGCUUGACUUUUGCGCCUCUUGUCUGGCGUUGUUCCAGCUCCAGUAUGUCUUCGACUCGCCAACCUACCGUGGACCGCGUUCUUUCCUUCCACGAUGGGCUGAACCUGCUACUCGUAGCGACGGUUGGAGGGGGUGGUCUCCAUUUCAGGGAGAAGGGCAGCGCCUUGGAGGAUGGCAGUAA